GGGUGUUUUGACGGCGAUAUGGGUGACGUACUGCGUAAUAGCAGUGACCUCAGCGCCACGCGGCUUUUAACACCAGUGUAGUUUGCUGACCGUACGGGUGUUGGAUAACACGGAGAUAAGUUUACAGACGUGACUUCCACGAUACGCUGGUGAUCGAUAUCGUACGUGAUAGAAGCAAGUCUGCAUUAUAAACAGUAACCGAACAGACUGAGAGAGUUUUAGCUGGGGAUGUCACAGAAGUCCAACGUCAGUGAUGAACAUACCGAGAGUUUUAUUCUGGAAACAAUGGAUAUCCCACAUUAUAAAGAUGACGUCACGCAUCCUAGGCAGCCGACAGUGAAAAACGUCACAACACAGGGUCUGAUCGUCUGCCUGGAUCACCUCCACGCCUCCCAGGACGAGACCAGCGACAACAACUCUAGCACCAACGAGGAAGAAGAACUAGGGGUCGCUGACGAAAGAGAGAUAAGUCACGUAAGGUUCUUCGACGACGAUGAUUCAAACACUCCCGGAACCGAAGCGGUGCUCUAUAAAUCCUUUGGUAAGAAAGGGAACGGGUACGGACAGCUGCAAGACGCCGUGGAUAUUAAAUGUUUGACAGACGGAAAGGUCAUUGUCACGGAUAUUGUAAAUAAUAAAUUGCAGAUGUUUAACAGGUCUGGUCGGCCCACCGCCAUGUACAUAGCCGACGAGAUGAUCGAACCCUGGGGUUUGACGCUCACCACGGAACGCAACUUCGCAGUGGUUUCGAGGAAAACAAGACUCGUUUCGGUCAUCAGCUCCGAUGGACAAGUCCUGGGUACGUUUGGCAACGAGUGUUUUCGGUGUCCCUGUGGAAUCGUCACCACAGACGACGGCCACUUCGUCAUCACAGACAGCGUGGCCAACACGGUCUCCUUGCACAACGUCGACGGCGACGUCCUCAUGUAUUUCCAGCACGAUCGUCUUCCAUUCAAACAGCCGAGAUACGUGACCGUGUCCUCUACUACUGGAGAUGUGAUUGUGUCCGAUUCCGGCAACCACUGUCUGAAGGUGUUCGACAGUUCGGGUAAAUUCCUCAGACGGAUGGGCGCUUACGGAACUGCUGAUGGCUGUUUGAAAUUCCCCAGAGGCGUCUGUACGGAUUCUCUGGGAAACAUAUACGUCGCUGACCAUUACAACAACAGGAUAUCCGUGUUUUCGCAGACAGGCGGUUUUUCAUGUCAACUCGUGACGUCGAGCAAUGGUCUGCAUCACCCUCAGGGCGUGGCCAUAUCGAGUAAUCAGAAUUUAUAUAUAACACACGGGGAUCUAAAGUCAUCGCAGAUCAUGGUAUUCAAAUUGCGACCAUGACGUCAGAUCAGUUGAUUCAUAUCGCGUUAGCAUGUGGUUGUUGUCACACAAUACAAAUAACCUCGAACGAUAAUGGCCGACUGUGACAAAACAACAUUACGACUGCACCGUUCUCGUAUCGUGUGGAGUUGCUUUAAGAGGUGAUUUGUCGCCUGACGAUUGAUUCGUGGGAAGAAGUUCCAAAUUAAUAUUCAGUGUACUUUUUUUCAUCAGUAUUUCUUUUAGCGACCUGACCUGGUGCUUAUAAACCUUUUAGAAUCUAGACUCGAGACUCCCAAUAGAGUCUGAGACAGUAAUGUCAGGACAAGACAAAACAAGACAAGACUGUAUUUACACUCGGGCCGUUACACAACGGCAUAGGAGGAAUAUAUACAUAAACAUUUUGUUAUAUACACGUGACAAGAUGGUUGACAGUAAAUACAUUAAUUACAAUACAUUCACAAACACAUAUACAAACAAAUACAAUCACGCACAUCAAUUGUAUGUGCGUGACGUCAUUAGAGAUUGACUCUGGUUUUAUAAGCACGGGCCCAGACAACCAUAACAACAUGGCGAGAUAGAAGAUAAGAGGGUGGGCUGAGUUGUAAUUUUGUUUUGGGGAUAUGGGCGGCGAAUUAUGUUUUAAAAGAGACAUACUUCGUCAACAUAUAUACUUGUGGUGAGACACCAUGUCAUAAUUUAUUGUCGUUUACUGAUGGCGGAAGCGGGUGAAAGAAUGUUCUAGGGAGUUGGCGAAAAGUCCAAAAAGGGCACCUACUGUAUUUUCAUGUACACUAACAUGCAUUAUACAGAGGAUUUCAAUGUUACACAAACUGGAUUUUAGGUGUACAAACACGAACUAGGUCUGAUAAAAUGUAUAAUUUCUCAAAAGGCAUAGAGUUUUAUUCCAUAUAGUAUUGAAUUAUUAUUUUUAACUCAAAAUAGGGAGUACCCAAUUAAAAGUAAACAAAACGAAAAGGAA